AUGUGUUAUUUUAAUCCCAAAUAUACUAAUAAUAAUAUAUUAGUAAAAAAGUUUAAAUUGAUAUUAUUUUGGGUAUUAGUUUGUUCUAUUUUAAAAAUUUUAAAUCAUCAACAAUAUUCUAUAUUAGUAAGUGCUUUUAUUAAUGGUAAUAAGAAACAAAAGAAAACAAAAACUAGUGGUAAUUUAUCUACAAUAAAAUCUGUUGGUUCUAUGUUUGGUAAAAAAGUAAAAAAAAUUAUGAGAACUAAUCAUAAAGGUAAAAUUGUUAAUGAAAAUUCUAUAACUCAUAAACCUGGUCAUUGGGUUACUGGUUCUUGUGGUGAAAUGAAAUAUAUGCUUGAUAAAGAAGCACAAACAAAGUGUAACAUAUCUCCUAUGGAAUAUAUUAAAACUAAUCAAACUUUAGCAGAGGUUAAAUGGUUUAUAAAAUCAAACGGAAGAGCUAAAAAGCGACUAUAUAUGAUAAUAAAGUCUCCAUGUAAUGCUGUUUUAUUAGAUUAUAGUAAUUUUGGACAGUUAAGAUUAUUAAUUCAAUGUAUAGGUUUUACAAAGUAUAUUACUCAUGGAUAUUAUAUUUAUGACCAUGGUUUGUUUCAAUGUAAAUAUAAAGAGAAUUAUGGUAGUGUAUCAACAAAAUUAUAUGGUUAUCAUCAAUCUAAUUUAAAAUUAGACACAUAUGUUGGAGUAGAAGAUCAAAUAGGAAUAUUUACUUAUAGAGAAGUUGGUCAUAGGCAUGAAAAUUCAGUAAAAACUUUUACAGCUUGUUCAGGAACUUUAAAAUUAUUAAAAUCAGGGUCAAUAGAAAAUAAAGAUGAGGAGAUUAUAGGAGUGAAAUGUGACAAUACUCCUAAAUGGGUUACUAUUUAUCAGAGUGCUAUAUUACAGACAACUCAAAAUGUUACUCUAAGUACAACACCAAUAUAUCUUGAUAAUAUAAUGAAGGCUACUAAAUCUACGAAUAUAGGAAUUUCUCCUGUUAAUGAAUAUGAAGUAGUACCAAUAAAUGAUACUUUUUGUGGAGCAAUUGUAAAUGGGCCUUUUAUUAUAUCAAUGAAACGAAGAGAUCAUUUUUUAAUGGCAGAAAUAUCUGUUAGGUACUAUGGUAAGACUACUUUUAAUAGUGGUUACUGUUAUGUUGAUAAGCCAAAUUUUGGUCUAUAUACAUUUCAAGAUUCAAAAACGGGAUAUGAGAAUAAAUAUCCAGUUCCUUUACCAUGUCCUGGUUUUCUUAUUGCAAAAUUUGAAGGUUCAGUUGAUACUGGAUAUACUAUAGCUCAGAUAAUUUGUAAUAUUAAGGAAAUAGAUAUUUUAACGCCUAGUUUUCUUACAACAAUAUUAGAUUGGGUUCCUCCGAAUCCUCAGGAUAAUGAUUGUAUUGUAUUAAUUAAAGCAACUACCAAUACUAAAAUAGCCGUAGCUUCUGGUGCUUCUGGUAAACCCGUUUUUAAUAUGGUGUCUUUAGAUACAAAUGUGAAUGUUAUUGCAGGUGAGAUUUUGGGAUAUUUUUCUUGUAUUACAGCUAAUAAAAUAGAAAAAGUUGUUAAUUUAAUUGCAACAUGUACUGGGAAGAUAGAUAGGACGAUAUAUAAUAAAGUAAAUAAUAAGUCACAAAGUUCCAAUCAUAUAAUUAUUAAAUUAGCAUGUAUUGAACCUUUAAGUAAAGAUGCUGAAAUUGUAUAUAAUGAAGAUGAUGACUCAGUAUCUAUUGACAAAUCUAGCAUUGUUCAAAUAUCUCAAGAUAUUUCUAAAUGCAUUGAAAUUACUACUAAAGGUAGUAUGUUAUAUAUUAAAGCUUUAGGUAAUUUAUUUAUAGAUGUUUCAUCUCAUACCAGAAAAUCAAAGAAAGUAUAUAAAAGAACAGAAAUAGGAUCCUUAUUUUGUCAAAAAGGAACAACAUAUAUUAAGCAUAAAUUAAUUUCUCCUGCAACUGGAGAUAUUUAUAAGUUAAAAGAUAAUUUAGAGAUGUGUCAUUUAGGAGAAGUGAUUAUUUCUAUUCAAGUGAGCAGUGAACAAUUAAUCAAACAAAUUUUAGCUACAUCUCAUAAUUCAAUGGAACUUGGAAUUGCAGUACCAACUAAUAAGUCACUACCAAUUCCAUUACAGUUAUGGCCAUACGCAUAUUUAGCAUGGAAAAGCCAAGAUUAUUCAUCUUUAAUGCCUACUGAUGUGAAAUCCUUAAGUGAGGAUCCAGAAUGGAAAGACGGAGAAGGCCUUAUUUAUAUACCAACAGUUUUUGGAUAUGAAAAACCCCCCAGUCCUAGUAGAUUAUUUGUACCUAAAUCAUAUAAUCAUAAUUAUAACUUUUUUGUUCAAGAAUACAAAUAUAAUAAACAUAUAUAUAGGCGUAUUGGGAUUACUUCUGCAGGUAGUGUAGAAAUGGAGAAUUUAGAAAAGUGUAAAGUGGGUCAAAUAAUAGGAAAUAUCAGAAUUAAAAAAAAAGAUGAUCAAUAUUUUAAUGAACAAAUAGAAUGUAUUUGUUCAGGAACUGUUAAAAAUAUCUUACAACAUAGACUAGAUACUGAGAAAUCAGUAUCUGUUCAAGCAGGUCAAGUAUUUGUUGAAAUUAAAUGUAAUACAAAAAGUAAUUAUUGGUUAUAUGAUCCAUCUAGUUUAUUAAAAUAUAAAGAUAAAUAUGAAAAUAUAAAUUCCCAAGUUGUAAAAAUUCAUAAUAGGGGAAGUCCAUUAUAUCAACUUGAAAGUAAUGAUGAAGUAUCUUUAUAUUCAAAAAUUCAAGGGAAUACACAUUAUCAUUUAAAAACUUCUUCAAAUGUUCGUGAAGGUGAAAAAAUUGGGUAUUUUGCUUUUAAAAUAGGUCCAAAAUCUGUUGCAAUUGCAGAUAUUCAUUCACCUUGUGAUGGUGUAAGAACAUUUCCAACAUUAGAUGUAAAUUCUUUGGAUAUUUCAUUAAAAAGUUUAGAUGGUCCAAAGGUUACCUCUAUUAGAUGCUCUUCUGUAAUUCCCCCAAAAUAUAUUUCAAGAGAAACCGAAUCCUUAUUAUAUGAUGUAAUAAGAUCAUAUAUUGCUAAGGAUAUAAGUGGACAGGAGAAGUACAGUGCAUUUUGUAAAAUUCCCACAACUGUUUAUGUUGAUAAUAUUAACUUACACAGUAAUUCUCACAAAAUAAUAGAAAGUAAUCAUUCAAUUCCAAUUACUAUAAAUGAGAAGAUUAUAUAUGUAACUAUUAUUAUAAAUGGAGAAGUUACCCAAAAAGUAUCUGUUACCUCACCUUGUUCUGGAGUUCUUCUUAAUGUUCAAGAGUUAUUAAAAAAAGAUGGAUCCCGACAAGAUGCAGGGACUCUUUUAUUUGAGAUAAUUUGUGACUCUUUAAAAACUCAAAAUGUUGGAGAUUUACCACCUUCACCUCCUCCUGAUCCUUCAAAUUCAAAUGUUAUUCAAAAUAUAGAAAGAAAUGGGUAUUGUUUUAUAAUUACAACUGAAAAGUGUGUUAUAAACUUCAAAAAUAAGGGAAUAAUUGGUUACGUUAUUCCAGGUCAAAAUAUUGGGGAAGCUAUAUGUGUAGAUAGUAUUGACCAAAAUCAAGUAAUUCCAAUUAUUAUGGAAUGUAUGGGUACUAAUAUAGUAUUCUUGAGCAUGGCAGUUUAUGGACAAACUGUAUUGCCGGGAACUAAUAUUAUGAUGAUAGCCAAGAAUACACGUCCUAUACCUGAAGAUUCUAUGCCUACCCAUUCACCAGAAAAUAUUUUAAUAACUUCUGUAAAUCCUUCAAGUGGUAUUGGAUAUAUUUGGACUAGAAGUUCUGGUGUUGUAACUUUUACAAUAACUGAAAAAAAAAGUUCUGUAUUAGAGGGUGAAACAAUUGGCCAAUUCUCUAGUCAAAUGUCUAAUAUAAUAGUCCCAGUUAUUCCACCUUGUACUGGAUCUGUCUAUAUUCCAUACUUAUCUUUAAUAAAUAACACAGUUGUAAUAUCAGGAACUCAAAUUGUAGAAGUAUUUUGUGGUUUACCACUUCCAUUAUAUAAUUUUAAAUAUCCAAGUGGCCCUACUAGUACUCAGUUGACUGUUCCUAAUAGGAGCCCCUUAAUUACAAAAAAAGUUAUAGGAGCUAUAGAAAUGACUUGGACUACUUAUACUGGUACCAUUUAUUAUGUUCUUAAUUGGAUAGUCUUCACACAAAUCCCUAUUUCCUCUGGAAAUAAAUUUGCUACCUUUAAUUAUGUUGAUGAUUCAGGAAACAAAAGAAAUACACCUUUAAUUGCUACUUGUAAUGGGAAGAUUGAUGAAAAUACGGCUAAUGAUGUUCAUGGUAAAAUGUUAGAAGCUGGUAGUACUAUUGUAGCCUUGAUUAAAUGUGUAUAUAUUGGCAUAAAUAAAAGUAUUAAAUCUUCAUCAAAUAUAGUUUCAGAUGGAAGCUCAACAAAAGUUCCUCUUUUGCCUCCCCAGCUUGAUGUUACUGGCUCCUUAAAUAUACCACAACUACUAUCACCAUCACCAUCUUCACCAGAUUCAAGUAUCCCACCACCACCACCACCACCACUAAUACCAUCACUAUCUUCACCAGGUUCAAGUAUCCCACCACCACCACCACUAAUACCAUCACCAUCUACACCAGGUUCAAGUAUUCCACCACCACCACCACUAAUACCAUCACCAUCUACACCAGGUUUAAGUAUCUCACCACCACCACCACUAUCAUCCCCAUCAUCAGUAAAUACUCAACAGGCGACGGAUAAUGAAGAACAAUUGAGUGCCUCUGCUAUAAAACUUAGAAAAGAAAUUAUGAGCUUGAAAAAAAGUGUAAAAUUUGAAUGA